GGGAGGAAACGUUGGAGGACGUUGAUCCGCGGCUGGCAAAGUCGCGAUGCUGCUGGGCAGCGGCGGGCGCAGGCAGGGUGAAGGCAGGCGGCCAGUGCUAGUGGUGGGGACAAUUGUCACGGACGAAGCGGAACGAAUAUGCCACAAAAAUGGUCUCCUCUUCCAUGAACUGCUGAGCGCAUUUUCCGUGGCUGACAGCGCUGUUCCCUUUAGGUCCGUGUCACACACAGUGCAGCUGCAUGACUUCCGGGUGAGUUUCGUUCAGGCCAGCGAGAUGGCCGCUCGCCCGCAAGCCCUGGCCGAGGCUCGUCUUGCUGAGGCCCUUACUCUUCGGGAAGGGACACCAGAGGCUGAGAGUGCGUGGCUCUCUUUCGAGGAGGAGGAGGGUGGGGCUGUUGUAAAUGUACGGGAGCGUGACGACAUAGGCGACGCCUUAGCUGUACACGAUGAUCGCAUGCCAUGGUACCGGCGUUUUCGGGCAUCUUUGCGACAAUCCCUCCACUACGUCGAGCCUGAAAUGCUGAGGUGCCCAGCUGCCCUGCUGGUUGUCGUGUCGUCCUCGGACCAGACUCCAAUAGACCGGUUUAAGGAGCUUUCCUUGCCUUGCCACCUGCCAGCCGCCUUUCAAACGGGUCAAUUCGGGAGUCAAGACGUGCCG